AUGAGAUCUAUUUUCUAUGUUAUACUCUCGGCAAGGGCUGCCUUGGCGGCCAAAGCCUUGGCCCAGAAGCCACAGAUGGGCUGGAAUUCAUGGAACAGCUUCAAGCUCAACGUGAGCGACGAACUGGUCAGGUCAACCGCCAACGCCCUCGUCGAUACUGGUCUUGCCAAGCUCGGCUAUAACCACGUCUUGAUCGACGACGGAUGGCAAGACAGUGAGCGUGAUUCAGACGGCAAACUUGCAGCAAACCACACUAGGUUUCCUGGAGGUAUCUCUGAUACAGCGUCUUAUGUUCACUCCAAGGGACUCAAGGUCGGGGUCUAUAGUGACGCUGGAAUCUUUACGUGCGGAAAGUAUCCUGGCAGCUAUGGCUAUGAGGAAGUUGACGCACAAACCUUUGCUGACUGGGGUGUCGACUACCUCAAGUAUGAUAACUGCGGUGGCUUCCAGAGCAACACGCUCUCCGUUCAGGAGCGAUUUCUCAAGAUGUCUUACGCUCUAGGUGCCUCGGGUCGUCAGAUCUUCUAUUCGCUUUGCGAAUGGGGUAACCAGUUUCCCUGGCUCUGGGCCGACCAGAUAGGCGAGUCUUAUCGUAUGUCGGGCGAUAUCUACUCGUCUUUUGCGAAAGACAGAGCAACUGUUUGCCAGACGGCUUACUGCAUGAACCAAGGCUAUGCUGGAGUCAGCGUUCUGACCAUGAUACGCAAGAUGAGAGAAAUCAGCCCAUUCUCGAAACCAGGCUCUUGGGCCGACAUGGAUAUGCUGGAGAUUGGAACCUGGACCAUGACGGAGCUGGAGGAGCAAACCCACUUCUCCUUCUGGGCUGCCCUCAAGUCUCCCCUUAUCAUCGGCGCUGAUCUCAAGAACAUCAGUGAUACCUCGCUCGCCAUUUACAAGAACAAGGACAUCAUCGCCCUGAACCAGGAUGACGCGGGCAAGCCUGCCUUGUAUCUGCCAAAGCUAUCUAAGGAGGGCAGUUAUCAGGUUUGGGCAGGGCCACUGAGUUCUGGAAAGAGGCAACAUGUGAUUUUGGUCCAGAACUAUGGUAGCGACGACGUGGAUGUUCCGUUCUCGUUGGCAGACAUCCCUGGUCUUUCGGUUGAGGAGCAGAUGAAGAUCCGGGACGUCUGGGCAGGAAAGGCGAUUACUGCGUCUGCAGGCAAGAUUAGCUUGAAGGGUAUCAAGCCAACACAGACAAAAGUCCUGGUCGUCUCUAAAUAG